AGAGAGAGAAAGGAAGUUGGCGCAUGUCAUUUGGAAUUUGUACUGAGCAUGCUCAGUAGAAAAACACAUGGCAUUGAAGAAGAUGUCUCACAAAGAGAAAGCUACAACAGAAGUAAAUGAUGUUCAAAGCAAAAAGCAAGAGCUUAUGGACCAAGAAGACUUUGUCAUCAAGCCCACGAAGGUGAUCCCACCACUGGACACCUCUAACUGGCCGUUACUGCUCAAGAACUACCACCGGCUGAUUGUCCGCACUGGCCACUACACUCCCCUGGAGUCCGGAUGCUCUCCUCUGAAAAGACCCAUCAAAGACUACAUCAAUCAUGGCUUCAUCAAUCUGGACAAGCCUGCCAACCCUUCCUCACAUGAGGUGGUAGCUUGGGUAAAGCGUAUCCUACGUGUGGAGAAGACUGGUCACAGUGGUACUCUAGAUCCCCAGGUUACGGGUUGUCUCAUUGUCUGCGUGGACAGGGCUACAAGACUUGUAAAAUCUCAACAGGGAGCCGGUAAGGAGUAUGUGACUGUGCUGAGACUGCACGAUGCAGUUACUGACACCAAGCUAGCACAGGUGAUGGACCAAAUGAUUGGAGCACUAUUCCAGAGACCACCCCUAAUCUCAGCAGUCAAGAGACAGCUGCGAGUGAGAACCAUAUACCAGAGCAAACUUCUUGAAUUUGACAAAGAAAGAAAUCUAGCUGUGUUUUGGGUCAGUUGUGAGGCUGGUACGUACAUUCGGAGUCUGUGUGUGCACAUGGGGCUCUUGCUAGGGGUCGGAGGUCACAUGCAGGAGCUGCGGAGAGUGAGAUCAGGAAUACAGUCUGAAAAUGAUGGUCUAGUGACAAUGCAUGACGUCAUGGACGCUCAGUGGCUAUUGGACAACCAGCGAGAUGAGAGUUACAUGAGAAGGGUUAUCAAACCACUGGAGGCACUCCUGGUGUCUCACAAGAGGAUCGUGAUCAAGGACAGUGCCGUGAAUGCAGUGUGCUAUGGAGCUAAGGUGCUUCUACCUGGGGUGCUCAGAUUUGAGGAGGGCAUUGAACCAAACCUGGAGAUUGUCAUCAUGACCACCAAGGGAGAGGCUGUGGCUCUUGGUAUUGCUCUCAUGUCGACAGCUGAAAUAGCCACUUGUGACCACGGUUUCUGUGCCAAGAUCAAAAGAGUGAUUAUGAGCAGAGAUGUCUACCCUCGCAAGUGGGGCCUUGGACCAAUGGCUCUCAAGAAGAAGCAACUUGUUGCUCAAGGCAAACUGGGCAAAUUCGGAAAAGUUCUGGAGAGUACACCGGCUGAAGUCAGAAAGGAAUUUGAACUGCCUGUUAGUGGUGGUGGUAUAACCAAGGUUGCACCUCCAACAAAUAUCGCUGAGAAAAUUACUGAAGUCACCUCAAGAAAACGACGGUUGUCUGGUGGCAGUAGCGAGGGUGGGUCAGACGAGGCAACAAAGGAGAAGAAGAAAAAGAAAAAGAAGCAUAAAAAAGAGGAAAAUGGAUCAGAGGACGAAGUAAAAACUCCAAGCAAGAAAAAGAAAAAGAAGCAAGAAGAGAAUGAAUCGGAAGACGAAGUAAAAACUCCAAGUAAGAAAAAGAAAAAAAAGCAAGUAGAGAAUGGAUUAGAAGAUGACACAAUUACUCCAAGCAAGAAGAAAAAGAAGCACAAGAAAUCUUCAGGGGACAGUGACUAGGCUAGUGUUUAAUGCUAGUUAAAUACCUUGAAUGCCGACCAUCAAUACCUCAUCAUUCAUAGAUACUGCCUCCUUUUGUUAACUUCUCUUCUUUUGUGCAACACAGGUGUAAAGUAUGUGCUCUUAAAAUUUAAUAAUAUUGAAA